GUUUUGUCACGGAGUGAUGACGUAGGUAGUACUAAAGGCAAACCCAAACCCUGAUGGCUCUCACUUCAAAAGCAAAACGCUUUGGAGCCAGAAAACACUCCAAACACGGCCCCCGCGCCCUGGACUGACGCGCACUCCGAUGUACCUGAGGCUUAUCACGAGGUUUUAUUCAGCGAUGGCUGGCCCCAGGCCUGUGGUGCUGAGCGGCCCGUCUGGAGCGGGGAAGAGCACUCUGCUGAAGAAGCUGAUGAAGGAGUACGACAGUGUGUUUGGCUUCAGUGUGUCACAUACGACAAGGAACCCAAGACCCGGAGAAGUGAACGGCAAAGACUAUCACUACGUCACUCGGGAGGCGAUGCAGGCUGGGAUCGACAACGGCGAAUUCAUUGAGAACGCAGUGUUCUCCGGGAACAUGUAUGGCACGAGUAAAGCCGCCGUGCAGGACGUCCAGGCCAAGAAACUCAUCUGUAUCCUGGACAUCGACAUGCAGGGCGUCCGGAACAUCAAACACACUGACCUCAACCCCAUCUAUAUCUCCAUUCAGCCACCCUCUUUGGACGUACUGGAAAAGCGUUUGAGAGACAGAAAAACGGAGUCAGAGGAGAGUUUGCAGAGGCGUUUACAUGCAGCUAAAGUCGACAUGGAGUUAAGUAAAGAACCUGGAAUGUUCGACGUCGUUAUAAUCAACGAUCAUUUGGACGAAGCCUACGUCCAGUUAAAGGAGGCUCUUCUUGAGGAAAUCAACAAGGUGAAGAAGCUUCCAGAGUCAUCGUAAGAGAGGGUCCUGUAGACUUCUCUUUCCCCUCCAACAUUCCCAUCCCUCCAUCCCUUCAGAGGAAACUCACUUUUAUGUGCUCUUAAAAAACAAAUCAAAAAUGCGCUCCUGCUGCUUUUGUAUGAAAAUAAGCUGUUACCCCACAAUUGUUUACGUUGUAGAGCUCAUUUUUUUAAACCCAGGGAAUAACUCCUAACUAAAUAAUAUUAUAAUGAUUAAUGGGACCAGGUCUCAACAUUUUCCAGUCUCAACAUUUUCCCCUCUGCUUUUACUUAAAGUCACACUAUGACCCUUUUCUGGAGGUUACAUCAUCUGCUUGUCUCCACGGAGAUGUCAUUGCAUUCAUUGCCCAGAUUGUUUCACAGAGGGGCAUUAAACGUGUCUGUCACCAUGGACACAAGCUCUAGGUCAAAUUCCAGGUUUACCAGCGUAUUUUGAGCAAUAAAAACACACAACGACAACAACGACAUAAAAAUUGAAAAUACUGUGGAACUUUACAGGUGAAGCAAUGUCUCCAUGGACACGUAGACUGUGUACCCUCCCACCAGAAAAGAUACAGUGCAUCUUUAAAUUCCGUCAGUUGGUUUAAUGUUUUGUACACGUACAUCAGUCCCUUUUGAAGUUUGAAAUCUCAUUUCUGGACAUUUUUUUAAAUAAUCCCAGAGGUUUUAACCAGAGGCAGCUCCUUCAGUUGUUUCACAUUCAGACUCGGAGGCGGCUCAGGCCUCUGUGUCGUACAUGUAAAUAGUGUUGUGCUGCUGCUGUGUUGUGUCUGUGUAGGAUCCAUGUGGCUUAAGCUGAAGCUAUGACAUUUGUACUUUUUGUUAUACAUUUAUCUGUAACGUAUUACUGGAUUGUUUUUUAAAGCUACAAUUCAACAUAAUAUCUAUAAUCUUUUACUUGAAAAUAUUUAUAACCUGUUUAAAUGUGUGUCUGCAUUUUUUUUUUUACUUAUUCUGACGUAUCAUUCCUUAGAACAGAUCUGUGUGGUUCUGGUUCAUGUGAAAAAUGAGAUUCUGAAACCGCAGGCGGAGAUGCCUUCAAAUUUGUUUUUGUCAGACCUGUCACAAUCACAUAUCGAUAUAUCUCUGAAGUAAACAUAGAUGAACAAUAAUAUUGAAACUCAUUUCAGCCACUGACACAAAACCCCACACAGAUUUAAACCACAAAAACUAUUCUCAAUCUACAAUAUUUCUUGCAGCUCAUGAUUUUUAACAAACAGCAGAAUGAAACGCUUUAGGUGAUAGUUUGCAUCUGGAAUGCGUCAGACAAGUUAUGAAUUCAAAGUUUUACAGCUUAAAUCUGAUCAUUGAAAAUUUCCCAGUAUUGCAAAGAAAAAUAUCACAAUUAAUACUGACUCUAAAAAACAUAGUUCCAUCUUUCAUAUAUAGAACCAUAAGUGGAUAUAGUGAUUAUAGUGACAGGCCGACAAUUUUGUCUCAUGUUGAUCAUAAACUAAAUCAGUUCAAAUAAAUGGAACAUCCUGGU